CUCUUAUCGGGCUCCAGGCAGACUGUCCGCAGGUCGUUCGCUGCCCUUCAUGCCGACCGACACUCGUCAUCUCGUCAUCCUGCAAGAUCCGGAUCAGACCAUGGAACUCACCCACUAACCCCCUCUAGCUGAACUAAGCCGUAGCCCACCGAAUGGGUGGAUCUUUCGUCUUAAAUGCGCGCUCUCGCACCUCCCCUCCCCCUCCCUCUUGUAGUGAGUGCAGAGAAAAAGAAAGAAACCGGCUCGCUCCCACAGCCCAAGCAGCAAGACAACCACCCUCGCCUCCCCCCCAAUGCAGAUCUCGACCACUGUCACCCCCGCGCAGAGACCCCUCAACUUCCAAGGCGGCACCAUCGACUUGUCCUGAUCGCGUACGUCCGGCUGUUCCUCUAGUAGACAGUUGUAUACGACCGAGUACUUCACUGUCCACAGCGACUGCUAAACCUGCCCGCCAUCCGUCACGCCAUCCCGACUCAUCUCCGAACGGCAACUGUCGUUUGUCCUAUGCGCCAACCGGUUUGCCAGUAAUCUCAGGAGCCUUCCCUAGCGACUCAUACGAACAUACUUUGACACUGCCUAAGUCCAAAAUAAUACAUCGAAGAGACCCGGGAGUUCCCCCAAGGCGCGAGUCAGUCCCGUAUAGAAUUCCAGAUUGUAAGACAAUCGGGUGAGGAAGACCCACUGAACAUCCCACAAACAUAUACUUCGUCACGCCGUCAGCUACCCAGUCGUACCUAAAACAUCCGUGGUACAGCCCCUCGCAACAAUGGCAACCGUGUCCAUGACAAGCGAUUUGGAGCCUUACCUGGCAUCUCUUCGAUCGUACCUAGCUCAGAGCAAGCCUUCAGCUCCUCUAGCAGAGGAUCA